UGCACCACAAAAACCACCACUCUUUCUGAAAUCAUGGGGAGAUUUAGCCUUUGUUUGGCGUUGUUGCUUUGCCUUGCCAUCUCCACAGCCAAUGCUCAGAGCGCUAGCAACGUCAGGGCGACGUACCAUUACUACAACCCUGCGCAGAACGGGUGGGACUUGAAUGCCGUGAGCGCAUACUGCUCGACCUGGGACGCAAGCAAGCCAUUGGCCUGGCGGCAAAAGUACGGGUGGACGGCCUUCUGUGGACCCGUCGGACCUCAAGGGCAAGAGUCUUGUGGCAAAUGCUUGAGGAUCACAAACACCAGGACCAACACGCAAAUUACCGCAAGGAUUGUCGACCAGUGCAGCAAUGGAGGGCUCGAUCUAGACUACGACACCAUUUUCCGUCCGUUGGACACAGACGGAAAUGGUUAUAACCAAGGAAACCUCAAUGUGAACUAUGAGUUCGUCAAUUGUGGUGACUAAAUUGCACCUGUCCCUUUCGCAUGCUUGUGCCCAGAAAGAAUAAGACUUUGUUGAGAAAUAAACGAUCACUUCUUCUGUGAUAGAAGUCGUCGUUAUGUAAUAGAAGUUGUCGUUAUGAAGUAAUAAAAAAUUAUUAUUGUGAAUCUA